AUGGAACGAGUGAAUCAGAUAUCACUGUUCUUCUCAUCAACAAAUCUAAACAUACACAAAAUCGGAAUCAGUACUCUACUGAUUAGUAUCGCGUUAGCCUAUGUCUUCAUCCACAGAUGGAAUCAAAGAAAUGUGAAGGGCCCCAAAUCUUGGCCUUUCAUAGGGGUACUCAUCGAACUUCUCAACAACUACAACAGAAUGCAUGAUUGGUUAACUGAGUACUUUGUUGAAUCAAAAACUGUCAAGGUUCCGCUGCCGUUUACGACCUUAACUUUCAUUGCAGAUCCUACAAAUAUUGAACAUGUUCUUAAAACUAACUUCUCCAACUACCCCAAGGGUGAAGCUUUUCGUGCACACAUGGAAGAGUUGCUUGGGGAUGGAAUUUUUAAUUCAGAUGGAGAGAUGUGGAAGCAACAAAGGAAAAUUUCUAGUUUGGAGUUCGCAUCUAGAAACUUGAGAGAUUUCAGCACCACUGUUUUCAGAGACUAUGCAUUGAAUCUCUCUGGCAUUUUGCACCGCUCAUCAACCUGUGACGAGCAAAUUGAUAUGCAGGAACUGUUGAUGAGGAUGACUUUGGAUUCUAUAUGUAAGGUUGGAUUUGGGAUGGAAAUUGGAACUUUGGCUUAUGAAUUACCUGAUAUUCGUUUCGCUAAUGCUUUUGAAUAUGCAAGUAGUACUGUUACUUACAGAUUCGUCAACCCUUGGUGGAGAUUCAAAAGAUUUCUGAAUGUUGGGUCUGAAGCAUUAUUUGUUCAAAGUAUCCAAGUCAUUGACGAAUUUACAUAUAAAUUAAUUCAUAAAAGGAAAGCAGAAUUACAAGAAGCUAAAUCAACUAGUAACAAUGGAUACAAGGUAAUAAAGCAUGAUCUUCUGUCGAGAUUCAUCGAGUUGAGUGAGAGCCAUGACAGUAAUUCAACAGACAAAAGCCUUCGAGAUCUUAUUAUAAACUUUGUUUUGGCGGGACGUGACACAACAGCAGCCACAUUAUCUUGGUCUAUAUACAUGCUCAUGAUAAAUCCUAACGUAGCAGAGCAUAUCUAUACAGAGCUUAUUACAUUUGAAGAAAAUCAAGUUAAGGAAAUGACUGGUUAUGAUUCCGAGCACCCAAAAUCUUUCGCUGAGAAAAUAACACAAUUUGCGAGUCUUCUGUCUUAUGAUUCACUUGCAAAAUUACCGUACUUGCAUGCAACAAUCACUGAGACACUUCGCUUGUAUCCUGCUGUGCCCCAGGAUCCUAAAGGAAUUUUAGAAGAUGAUGUUUUACCUGAUGGAACGAAAGUGAGAGCAGGUGGAUUGAUGAUUACUGUUCCAUAUGUCAUGGGGAGAAUGGUGUACAAUUGGGGACCUGAUGCAACUUCGUUCAACCCUGGUAGAUGGCUCAACGAAGAAGGGCAAUUUCAAAGUGAAUCUCCAUUUAGGUUCACAGCUUUUCAGGCUGGACCAAGAACAUGCCUAGGGAAGGACUCGGCGUAUCUACAGAUGAAGAUGACACUUGCUAUCUUAUGUAGAUUCUUCAAUUUUCAUUUGAUUCCGAACCACCCUGUUAAGUAUACAAUGAUGCCAAGUCUAACUAUGGAGCGUGGUUUGAAGCUUACCGUAACUACCAGGUAA